GUGCAUGCUGUCAGGAUGCAGCACAGUCUCCUGGCUGGUGGCGUGUGUGGUUCGGGGUACUGCCCCUUUAAGGCUUAGGAUUUGGGAGUGACGCGGAUACGAAAGCUAGUUUGUCCCUGUUUCCCUCGCUAUGUAAAAUAUUUAGAAGAAUCAGACUAACGACUGGCACACCUAAUUAAUUGCAGGAUCAUGAUGUUGAUGUAUUGUGUGUGCUGAAGAGAGAAAAAGCCGGAGAAGGCAGUGUUUACGACCGAUCUAUCACGUUGGGAUUAUACUUGCCAGGGCCGUCCUCCGAGCUGUGGGGAUAACUUUUGGAGAAGUUCUUUGUAUUCGGGGUAGUCAGACAGCUUGGCCAACAAGCUGAACAUGGAUUGGGGCACAGAGCUUUGGGACCAAUAUGACAUCAUCGAAAAGCACACACAGUCUGGCCUGGAGCUGGUAGAGAAGUAUGUGAAAUUUGUGAAGGAGAGGACAGAGAUUGAGCAAAACUAUGCCAAACAACUGAGGAACCUUUCAAAGAAGUAUAACCAAAAACGAAGCAGCAAAGAUGAGCCCGAGUGCAGGUUGUCCAGCUACCAGGCGUUUUUGGACAUCCUGACUGAGAUGAACGAUUAUGCGGGGCAGAGAGAGCUAAUUGCUGAGAACUUGAUGAUGAAUAUUUGCAUCGAUCUUACCAAGUACCUGCAAGAGCUUAAGCAGGAACGAAAGACGUAUCUGAUGGAUGCCAAGAAGGCCCAGCAGAGUCUGGAGAGCACCUACAAGCAGCUUGACAGUAGUAAGAAGCGCUUUGAGAGAGAGUGGAGAGAAGCAGAGCGUGCAGCACAGUAUGCAGAAAAGACAGAUCAAGACAUCAAUGCCACAAAAGCUGAUGUUGAAAAAGCCAAACAGCAAGCUCACAUGAGAGCACACGUAGCAGACGAGUGUAAGAACGACUAUGCUGCUCAGCUCCAGAAAUACAACAAAGAACAGAACCAAUUCUAUUUUAGUGACAUGCCACUCAUUUUCAAUAAAUUGCAGGAUUUGGAUGAGAAGCGAACACAGAAGUUGGCACAAGGCUACAUCUUGUUCUCAGACACAGAGAAGCAUGUGAUGCCCAUCAUUGGCAAGUGCCUGGAAGGCAUUACUAAAGCCGGAACUAAUGUUAAUGAGAAGAAUGACUCCAUGAUUGUAAUAGAGCAGAAUAAGUCGGGCUUUGAGCGUCCGGGAGAUUUGGAGUUUGAGGACUACAGUCAGGGGAUCAAUCGAGCCUCUUCGGACAGUAGCCUCGGUACACCUAAAGUCUCCAUGGAGCCAUGGAAGAAGAAGACCAAUAACUUUUGGCUUUUCAGCAAGCGAAGUAAGCUGUCCUCUCCAGUGCUCGCUCCUUUCUCCACUCCCCCUGCCCCUUCACCUAACGGACCCCCUUCCCCCAAGUUUGGCCGGGACCCCCUGUCGUACUGUUUGAAGGAGAUCAAUAAGACAGUCAAACCCAGAAUCUCUUCCUUCCGGACACUCAGGAGAUCGAAGUUUACUCCAGAGAGGAUAAUGCCUACAGUGUCAGAGGACUUUGGCCACCUCCCUCCGGAGCAGCGCAGGAAAAGGUUACAACAGAAACUGGAUGAAAUCUGCAAAGAGUUGCAAAAGGAAGUUGAUCAGAGUGAAGCGCUGGGAAAGAUGAAAGAUGUUUAUGAGAAAAAUCCUCAAAUGGGAGACCCCGCUAGCCUGGCAUCCCAAAUCAACCAGACAUCCCAGAAUUUAGAGCGGCUCAGAGGAGAGCAGAGCAAAUAUGAGACAUGGCUCGCUGAAGCUGGAGGUCGAGGAGACACGCUGCGCUAUAAAGCCCACUCAUUUAACAAUAAUGGAGCUAAUGAUGUACACAGCCCUGAUGGCGCUUACUCCGAUGAAAGCACUCCUGAUCCUUCCCAAGCCAUUUAUGCUGAGUUUGAUGAUGACUUUGAGGAUGAGGACCUAGCUGCUCCUAUUGGGAAAUGCACAGCCAUGUACAACUUCCCUGGUGCCAGUGAAGGGACCAUCGCUAUGCAGGAAGGGGAGGUGCUAGCUGUGGUAGAGGAGGACAAAGGGGAUGGUUGGACCCGUGUCCGUAGGAACAAUGGAGAUGAAGGCUACAUACCUACAUCUUAUGUUACCAUCACUCUAAAAAAGUGAAAAACACAUUAACAUUUCAAAAGAAAAAAACUGUAUGCAAUUCUUCCUAUUGGACUGAUCAUAAAGAAGACCGCACUAAUGGACAAGACUACCAGAAAUAUGCAGAUGACGUGUUUGACUGAAAGAGGUGCACCAUAUAAGAAGAAGAAGAAGAAUGGUGCUAACAGUGUGCUCAUCAUGGCUUCAAUGACAUUUUUCCCCAUCCCAGUUACCUAAGCCACCUGAACCACUAAGACAUUUUAUUUUCUAUUUUCUAGUCUUGCAUCACAAUAUACAGUUGUCAUUUUUGUUGUUGUUUUUUUUAAGUCAUUUUCAGGCACCAUUAAUGGUACAAGUGCUUGUCUCAUUCCACAGACUAAUGAGGCAUUAGUUUCUGAGAGUGAGAGGAAGAAGUAAAGUAGGAGGAGUGCUGCUGCCAUCUUUACACUGGGUGUUAACACCAUUAAUACUUAGGAGGAAGUUACUUCUCCUGUUUACCUUUUCAGUUAAAAACCUGACCUCCUAUGGCUCAUGGCAGUCUACUCCACUUCUAGUUUUUAUUUGCUUCAAGCAUGCCACUCUCUACCCUUGAUAGUGCUUGUGUCACCAGAUGGUGAAUUUCAUUUGGGGGAGAAUACUUUACUUUUGGUUUUUAGCAGUGUGUAGCACCAGAAGUUGAGGACGGCUCUCCCGUCAUAGCAGAUUCAAACAACCAUACAAACACUUUAAUGUUCAGACAAUCACAGCCAUAUCAUUCUCACUUAAGUUAAUUUCAGACCUUUAGCAGUAAUAAGGAUAUGCAGGACCUAUUCUUUUCUCAUGGUUACAUCCUGGUUAUAGAGAAAAAUAAUUUAUUGCAGAUGCGCAAAUGUUCAUGUUUGAAAGAAGUUGUACUUUGUAUUAAGGAUGUUUUUAUGUUCUUCUUUUUUGCUUGCACACAUAGUGGACAGUUUGUAGCCACAAAAGGGAGUAAAUAAAAUGUAUUUCAUUAAGACUAUUGUAUUUAUGUAAUAAGUAAUAUAUAUUUUAGCUAUUGCGACACCACUAUUGUCUUAUUAGCGGUUUAACCAUUCAAAUAAAAAAAAAAAAAAUCUUACUUUUUAGAGAGAAAACUGAAAGUUAAUUGUAUGGCUGAUAAUGUUACUUUUUUCACACUUUAAUUUGUCAUACAAUGUCUUUUUUAUGUUGUCAUGAAGCCAGCUAGCAGCAUUACUUAUCCAAGUAACUGCUUAUGUGUCUUUGGUGCCUUUCCGGUUAAAAGCAAUGUGUAUAUACCAUUUUUGCAUAUAAAAUAUUUUCUCUCUUUUUUUUCCAAGAUUUAAUAAAUGUUAAGCACAUUUCAGAGUUUGAAGUGGUUAUGUCAUUUCUGAAGUUGGAGAAAUAAAUAAAUAAAACAUGAAA